AUGGAGGGAUGGAUGGAAAACUGAAAGCCAAAUUUGUGCUAGGAGUGUAAACAGCGUACGUCAUGCCACAGCAAGUGCUUGCAACAUUAAAUGGAUAAUUUAUUUCUAAUGAUUCUAUUAAAUGUCAACCGAGCAGGGAGAUGGCUGCAUAGUAGAGUAUAGACCUCCUUUUGUAGUCUGCGUCUCAAGCCACCGUCUCUGAGGAUCGCUUUCUGAGAACCAAUGCAGUCAGACCUCCUUCUCAAUCCAAACACAGGAGCUGGGUAAGGGGCCACCACUAAUGUGGCAUGCCAUCAAAAAAAUUGGAGAUUCUGAGCAAAAAAGAUGACACUGGUGUCCAUAUGUGUGCUGCUGCUGAUGUUUGGGAGUAAUGCUCUGGGUGGUGGCUACGCCCCUAUGCCGCAGAUGAAGUACAUGCAGCCUAUGAUGAAGGGUCCAUUCGGCCCCCCCUUUAGAGAGGGGAAGGGUCAGUAUCUUGACCAUCCACCUCCUUUGGACGUGAAAGGGGAGCCUGGGCCACAAGGGAAGCCAGGACCCAGGGGACCACCUGGGACCCCAGGAUUGCCUGGGAAACCUGGAAUAGGGAAACCAGGUCUUAAUGGUCAGCCAGGACCCCAGGGCCCAGCAGGGUUGCCAGGAAUUGGAAAGCCAGGACUACCUGGUCUGCCAGGAAAAGUUGGGCCCAAAGGACCACCAGGAAAUGAUGGUGACAAGGGACAUCAAGGUGAACCUGGGCCACGUGGAUUACCAGGGCAACCAGGAUCACCUGGUCCUUCAGGUCUCUCAUUAAAUGGCAAACCUGGGCUUCCUGGAGCUCGGGGCCCCCCAGGAACUAAGGGUGAACCAGGAUCAAAAGGUGGUCGUGGUUUGCCUGGUGAUAAAGGAGACAAGGGUGAAAAUGGUAAUGGCAAUCCAGGUCCACCUGGGCUCAGGGGACCUAAUGGCCUCCAGGGACCUCCUGGACCUCCUGGUAUUAUAGGUGUGGGAAAGCCUGGACUGAAUGGGGCACCUGGGCCUUCUGGACCAAAAGGAGAGCAAGGGCUUCCAGGGGACCAAGGGCUGCCAGGGAAACCUGGUGCUACAGGACCACAAGGGCCACCUGGAUUAACUGGAGUGGGAAAACCUGGGUUGGAUGGUGUACCUGGUAGACCAGGUCCAAUUGGACCCAAAGGUGAACCAGGUCAAAGGGGUCAAAAUGGGUUUCCUGGGGCUCCUGGUUAUGGUAAACCUGGUCUUGCAGGACAGAAAGGAGACAGAGGCCCUGCUGGAUUACCAGGAGCUCAAGGUGAUAAAGGGGAACCCGGGCUUGGAGGUCUAUCAGGAGAAACAGGGCCAGCCGGACAGCCUGGACCUUCAGGUUUACCGGGUCCAAUGGGUCUUCCAGGGAAACAUGGAUUGCCUGGUUUAAAGGGAGACAGUGGUCCCCAGGGGCCACCUGGCUUGCCUGGACUCAGAGGGGAUCAGGGACCCAGUGGGUUGUCAGGUAAGCCUGGACUCCCAGGAGAUAAAGGGCUUCCUGGGCCAAGUGGAGCUGUUGGAAAACCAGGUCCUAAAGGUGAUGCUGGUCACAUUGGUUUGCCUGGUAAUCCUGGACUGGCUGGGCCUCAAGGCCCCAAAGGAGAAAAUGGGCUUGCAGGGUCUCCUGGAUCACGUGGUGUAGCUGGGAUUCCUGGAUCACCAGGACCCACCGGCCAUAUGGGACCACAGGGCAUUCCAGGGUUGAAAGGAGAGCAAGGCCCACCAGGACCACCAGGGAAUGGAAAGAAUGGAGAUCUGGGAAUGCCAGGUCCACAGGGACCACCUGGAAAACCAGGCACCGCUGGAAUAAGUGGUCCACGAGGUCUUCCAGGACCACCUGGCCCACCUGGCCCACCUGGUCCUUCUAAUGGAGAUUCCAAAAUAGCAGUGUCAGGGCCUGAUGUUGGGGGGGAAACAAUACCAGGUCAAAAUGGAAAACCACAAUUUAGGGUUGAACUCUCUGCUACUGCAGCUCCAGCUUUCACAGCUAUUCUCACAACACCAUUCCCACCAUCUGGUAUGCCUAUCAAAUUUGACAGGACUCUCUACAAUGGGCAGAAUGCUUAUAAUCCUGCCACUGGCAUCUUUACAAGCCCAAUGCCUGGGGUUUAUUACUUUGCUUACCACGUUCAUGUAAAGGGAACCAGCCUGUGGGUGGCACUAUACAGAAACAAUGUGCCUGCCACAUACACAUAUGAUGAAUACAAGAAGGGCUAUAUGGACCAGGCAUCAGGUAGUGCAGUGCUGGAGCUCAAAGAAAAUGACCAAGUUUGGGUGCAGAUGCCAUCUGACCAAGCAAAUGGGCUCUACUCCACUGAGUACAUUCAUUCAUCCUUCUCAGGCUUCCUACUGUGCCCAACAUAACAGGCCACCUUAAACAUCAUUUAUUCUCUAGUGGUCUACAGUCACACAAGUAACACCUGUAACAACAAAAACAGGAAAGACUGAACAACAUAAAAACCAAGAUAAAGUAGGACAUGGAAACUUUAUGCUGUAUCUGUUUGAGUGCUUUAAAAGUCUGAUUUGAUUAUGUUUUUAUUUUAAGUGUGUUUGGCAUCUUCUGCCUAUAUUAUGUUAUUAUAACUGUUGUAUUAAUGUGUCGCUGUUAUUGUUUUUUUUCAUGUACUAUGUUAUUGUUUAUUAGAAUCAGACAAUGUGUAAGUAAUAGUUUUACCCAUGUGACUGCACACUCCAAAAUGACUAAUUGAACUCCAUCUCUUUGUCUCUGGGGAACAUGUUCCCCUGACUGCAGUCACAUUUAGUUUAAACUUGUUGUUGCUCUUUUGUCCCUUUAAAUAACCGGUUUCUAACUCAGUGCCAUAUUUCACAAAUUAUAUGUAAAAAAAAAUUACAAAUAAACAAACAAUAUUUUAUCCGUACUCGCUUGGUAGUUUUAAGUGACUAAAUUAAAAAUAUAUAUUUUGUUUGGAUUGCCUACAGUCACAAAAGUUAUUCCUACUUUUUGUGAUUUGGUGGUAUCUAUGUGGAGUUCUUAUCCUUGAAGUGGAAGGUUUUACUUGACAAUUCCAAAUGUUUACUUUGAAUGCAAACUGAGCUUCGGAUGUGUAACAAUACUAAUGAUGUCAUGAGUAUUAUCUCUCCCUUUAAUGCUAGCAUAUAUUUUUAUGAUAUAAUUUCAGCAAAUAACCAAAAGUUUUGCUCGCUAGCAUAUGUUUGUUUGUAUAACAUACAGUAGGUAAAUCAGUCUUUGCUCUAUCAUUUGGUGAUAUUCUGAUAUUGAAGUCAGUCCAUGGUAGAGACAUACAAUAAUAUUGGCAAUUAUCCAUUUUAUUAAUUAUAUACUUUCUAAGCACUUAUCAUUUUCAAUAUUAAAUAGCUAAGGCUUGAUAUCUCUAGUAAUCCAAAGGUGAUCAUUUGUUUUUAUUAUUACUAACUUCCCAGAUAUGAUAACCAGUAACACAAAGCUUACUGCGUCUUACAAAUACUUCAGUUCAAAACAUUUGUAUCCAUAUAUUAAAAUGAACAUAUUUAAUGAAUGCACUGGGUUUAUGUGUUAAGAACAUAGUCAUUUUUUUUUAUAUUUUGUGCUAGAAUACAAGGAACCAUACAUGGUGGUUUGAUGAGUGCUAUUAAAUAGAUACUCUUUUUGUAACAACCAAAGGUGCUGUUUAGACACCUAGCCUGUCAUUUCUAUUCUUUGGAUCAGAGUAUUACAUUUAUUUUUCCAAUCAUGUCAUACUGUUUUUCACAUUUUCCUAAUUAAAUGUAAUAUGUGAAUAAACUGUUGCCAUACUAUUGUAUUGACUGGUUCAGUGUGAAUUAUGCAAAGUACCCAGACUACUGUGAAAUGACAUUAGGGCCAUAUCAGCAUCUAAAUUUUACAACAAAAUGUCAGUGUGCUCCAGGCAUGUAUUUGCUUUCUUAUUGUACAAUUUGGAUCAUGAAUAAUUUAUACCAAUAUAAUGAAAGAUCAGUAAUAUGAUGAAAUAUUGAGAUACAUAAAUAAAAUUUUAAUUGUUUAUCCAGCAGUCACCUUGUGAUAAUUAUGUGAUACAAGAAUGCAAUAAUUGCAUUAUUAUUAUUAUUAUCAUUAGCAGUAGUAGUAGUAGUAGUAGUAGUAGUAGUAGAAAUAGUAGAAUUAUGUUUAGACACAUAUAAUUCAGCAACAUAUAAUGACGUACUUAAGUCAUGGGCAGUGUUUUAACUGUGGUACCAUGACAGCUUUUGAUGUAAAUGAUUUAAAAAUUUUAACCGUUUACAAUUUCAUUGUGAUGAAUUUUAAAUAAACUCAUGCUUAAAAACGAAAAAGCAGCAACAAUACAUAUAACAAUAACAAUAACAAUAAUAAGAUAAUUCAACCAAAUAAACAAGCAACAUUUUCAGGAAGGCAGAAUUUAAGUACAGGUUUAUGCACCUCUGUUUUCCACAUAUAUAAAGCGGAGCAAUUACUAUAUUGAACACUUUAGUUAUAGGAUGUCAUGAUUGAAGCAGGGGAGAGCUGUAAUAAGUAAAAAAAAAAAAAAGGAAAAAUUUUAAAAGAAGCCAAAAUGCACAAAAAUAAAAAGAAAUGUGCUAAUGAUCGGAAUCUUGUGAUUUAAUAGGGCUAUGACAUAUUCUGCUAAUAGUGUGGACAAUCAUCAUUUUUUCAGUGUCUUAUGUCUGUCUUUUCUUAUACUUACACUCAUAAGUUGAGUGUGACAUUUUCUUUGUGGCAAAUGAAUAAUUACAUUGUUAAGUAUCAGUAAGUAUUAUCUUUCAACUAUUUUCAUUUAGUUUACAUUUGUUAAUGUGUAUGUAAAGUUUAGGUUUUUAAUACUGUCAUACCUGCUUCUUAAUGUCUGUUUAGAUUACAGCUUUUUUAUUUCUUAAGUGACACUUAGUCCUACUGUCCUUUUAGAAUGAUUAUUAUUAUUAUUAUUAUUAUUAUGAAACAGUGAAAAUCCUUGCUUUGGUUUGUAAAAGAUAUAUUUGUUGUUGUGGACAUGAUAAAUACAAAUAAUUGGUCCCAUUUGCACAUGAACUUAAUGAAGGUAUGUUUAAGCGUAUGUGAUAAAUCGACUGUCUUCCAAAGCACCCACAUAAAUAAAAUUAUUAUUAGUAUUAUUAUUAUUUACCUAUUUAACAACAUUAAUGUGUUACAUUGUAGUUAGCAUAUUGCUGUUGCUUAAUACAUUUUUUCACCAUUAUUUCUUUUACUUAAAAAUGUGCUAUGUAUCAGACUGUAGGAUUUUGUGUUGUAUACAUGGCUAUUGCAUUUAUGCUGUGCAAUAGAUUUACCUAUUAAAUGCACUUCUUUGAAUGAAGGUUUUGUCAGUUUAUACAGCUGCGAUACUGUACUUGAUAGUAUUGAUGCAACAUCAAUAAAGAUUCUCUUGGGGAAAAAA